ACUCGUGGUCUUACUCUUUUGUUUGAACCUACCGGCUAGGGUUCUCUUCUUUGUAUUUUCUCCAUUCCUCAACCUGCGACGGAGCGAGAGAUUCGUUAGGGUUUUGAAAAUUGGGUACAAAUAAACGCAAUUUCCCAUCGGAGUUCCGAAUCUCCUUAAUUUCCACAGAGAAUCGAACAGCGCCUCCUAAAGAUUUCAAAGACGCGCAACCAUGUUUGGAUCGAGAGGGGCAAUGUUGGGAGGCGGGGGGGUUUCGGAUGGGUACGAGGUCGGCUCAAAGAGACAAAGAAUGAUGGAAUCAAAUCCCUACUUCGCAGUGAGCAGUGGUCCGAGCGGCUUCCAGCCCUACAGCUAUGGUGGAGGAUUUCAGCCUCCUCCCUUUCCUGUGGUUCGUCUGAGGGGGCUUCCUUUCAACUGCACUGACAUUGACAUCUUCAAAUUCUUUGCUGGACUGGAUAUUGUUGAUGUGCUGCUGGUCAAUAAGAAUGGACGUUUCACAGGAGAGGCUUUCGUCGUCUUUGCAGGGUCUAUGCAGGUUGAGUUUGCUUUACAGAGAGAUCGACAGAACAUGGGCCGUAGAUAUGUGGAAGUUUUUAGGUGCAAGAGGCAGGAUUAUUACAAUGCUGUUGCAGCAGAGGUGAAUUAUGAAGGAAUCUAUGACACUGAUUAUCAUGGAAGUCCACCACCAUCUAAAGCAAAGAGGUUCAGUGAUAAGGAGCAAUUGGAAUAUACUGAGAUUUUGAAGAUGCGAGGACUACCCUUCUCUGUGAAAAAACCCGAAAUAAUAGAUUUCUUUAAAGAAUUCAAGCUGGUUGAAGAAAGGAUACACAUUGCGUGUCGCCCAGAUGGGAAAGCUACUGGUGAGGCAUACGUAGAGUUUGUUUCUGCUGAGGAAGCAAAAAGAGCCAUGAGCAAGGAUAAGAUGACCAUAGGAUCAAGGUAUGUGGAGUUGUUUCCUUCAACACCAGAUGAAGCCAGAAGAGCCGAGUCAAGAUCAAGGCAAUGAAGAGUCGAGGAUUCGCUGACUCGGUUUCAGGCCAGCGAUGAUUCACUGCCAUCUUUACAUGAAUCAGUUGUGUUGCUAAAGCUUACUCUUUACUAGGUUGUAUGCUCAGAAUAUUCUUAUACUUGCUUCUCGAAGGAUGGAUUUUAGUUUUAAUGGUGAGACUGUGAUAAUGUUUUCUUUUCCUGUCUUAAGUUAACUGUUAGUUUAAGCUGAUCAAAGUAAAGGUAUAAAGCUUGAGUUUGAGACUCC